UGUGUGUGGUGAGGAAAAUCAACAAUGAAACAAUCCCUGACCCCCUGCCACCCACCCCACCACCCCUGAGUUUGUAACCUGAAGCUGGUCAUGUUACAGACUCAACAAAAGGAAAAAGCUGGGUGGGCUCAAACACCUUGUUUACGCCAUUAACAGUUCAUGSUCUGACAUUUAAAAAAACAGGAAGCUGGCAGACAAUAAAGGUGAUGGAGCAGCACCUGUGUUAGAUCGCUGGGCGUGUUGGUCCUGGAGCAGCAUCAACACCAUGACUCGCCUGCUGCUCGGAGCCGUGCUGCUGGGGUACCUGAGCGACCACAUCGCAGCACAAGUGAUGCUCCCUGCUCCGUCUCAAGUGAUGUUUAAAUCCACCGACUACAAAAACGUCCUGCACUGGACCCCACCCACCAACAGCUCCUCACUGCAGUAUAAGGUCCAGUGGAAGAUUUACGGGGAGCCUGAUUGGUUGGAUGCUGAGAGCUGUCAGGGGAUCCACAAGCGCCACUGCGACCUCAGCAGCGUCACCUCAAAGACCAGYGAGUGGUACUACGCCCGGGUGAGCGCCGUCUCCGCUUUGUCCAGCAGCAGAUCUGCCUGGACCCUGUCCCCCAGAUUCAGCCCUCGCUGGGACACAAAAAUCACGCCUCCUUCACUGAAGGCGAGCGUCACCCAGCAAGGCAUCGUGGUUCAAGUGAAGGCCUCCCGAGGGCUGGUCCGCAAGAUGCACCGCAGUCUGCUCUACAACGUCUUCGUCAUCCACGCCAACAAAAGUGAGGAGGUGUUUGAGGUGACCUGCUGCUCCAACCUGACUCUGACUAAGAUGAACCCCAGAACGAAAUACUGCCUCCAGGCACAGACCGUCAUCCCCUGGCACGUCAAAAGCAGCGUUAGGAGCACYGCAAAAUGCAUCAAGACACCCUGAUCACACAGAGGAUUCGAUCCGACUCGUCACUACAGCUUUAAUCGUCCUCACUACCUCGACAAGCAACGAAGAUCUCUGCUAGAAUAAAUGGUGCCGUUUGAAUGAGUUUACUCCUGUAGUUCUCUAUAUAUCUUAUUAUGCAAGUGUGAAAUGUGGGUACGCGCUCAAUGUAAAUGAACCAUUUUUACCUGCACACUUUACUCAAUAAAUAUUAGCAUGUGUACCAAGACA